AACAAUCAUUGACGUGGUGCUUUUUUUGGAUGUUCUUUUCCAUUCCAUCUUGAGAAACAGAGUGCCCUGAUCUUGGAUCGAGACGUUUCCGAAGUUACGGAAGCCAACCAUUAUCCUCACCCACUACGGAGUAUCUGAGCUGGCUCCGUCACUCUCGAUACGAAUCCAAUAUACGGAGUACAAGUACAAUAAUAUCAUGGUGGUGGAUUCGCCGAUCUCUGGCUUGUUCCUGUUCCAAUCUUCCCCCCCGGUUUUGCAUCUAAAACGAUUCAGAUGCGACUAACGCCAAAGCCUCAUUCGUUCCCCGACUACACCCUGUCUUGCCCGUGUGUGUGUCGAUCCCAAAAGCCACUGACACGACGACUUCCGUACGGAUACCGUAUAAAAGCCACAAAACCACCUCCCCAAUCGUGAUGACCAUGUCCACGGCUGAAACUGGGUCACUCGAUCUUUCUUCUCUACACGAUCAUAACAAUGCCACCAGUGAACACCCUCCUCCUCCUUCGCACCAGUCGCAGCAGCGUCCAGUCUCCUCGACGACCAGUGACCCUCCUGUAAACUACUCGACCGAUGCCCUCCUGCGACAGCGAGAAGACGAGGACGCAGAAGACGCAAUGUCUUCGUCAGUAGCUUCGUCGAGAUUGAACGGCGUCGUGGCGGGACAGACUGCGACAAAAGAGUUGCCAAAACUACAAGCGAUUGGGGAAUUAGACAACGGCGAUUCGUAUGAUCUGGUGACCGAAGACGAUCCCGCCUCGUUCAAUCUGGUGUCUCCGCCGCCUGCAGAGCAAACCGACACAUUCUCGCUGGAAGACCAGACGCAGGCGUUGUUCUCCAGGAGCCACCUGCAAGUCAUAUUCGCAGACCCGACGCUACUCCUCAAGUUUACCUCCUUCCUCGGCGCCCACAGGCCGCAGUCGGUGCCGAUCCUCGUACACUACCUCGACUCCCUCAAAUCCCUGAGAGCCAUCCACUACGCCAAUGCCAUCUGCGAAGGCCUGGAUCCCGUGGAGGGUCACGACUUUACACAAAAACCGGUCAAACCUACGAUAAAUCUGGCGUUGGAAGACAGAGCACAUCGGGCUUUCGAUGUGCUGGUGACGGAGGAGUUGCCUGCUUUUGUCACGCACCAGUACAUACAGAUUGUCAGUGCCAGUAUCACGGCCAGGAUUACGGGGGCUUUGUCGCCGCAUCUGAGAGACGCUUCGGAUGGACUUGCCGAAGUGUUCUGUUUGACAGACCCCUCGCGGCCAGAUAACCCUAUCGUUUUUGCUUCGGACGAGUUCAAUCGGACGACGCAAUACGGCAUGGGAUAUGUUCUGGGUCGGAAUUGCAGGUUUCUACAAGGGCCCGGGACCAACCCGGAGAGCGUUCGCAGACUACGUGAUGCGGUCAAGGCGGGCAAACAGCAUCAGGAGGUCUUUUUGAAUUAUCGCCGUGAUGGCUCACCAUUCGUCAACUUGCUCAUGAUCGCGCCGCUGGCGGACAGUCGUGGGAUCAUCCGAUAUCACAUCGGAGCGCAGGUAGACGUCAGUGGACUAGUCAAGCAUUGCUCGGAGAUGGACUCUUUGCAGAAACUCAUGGACCUACGGGCUCGGGGCGAAGACCCGCCUGCGCCAGAACAGCCAAACCCCGAGAAGAACGAUGAGCUUCGGGAGUUGAGUGAGAUGUUGAACCAAGGCGAGUUGAACAUCAUCAAACGCCACGGGGGAAAGAUGCAUCGUGAAGUCGCCGAAGAGGACAUUGAGAGCACCAGCUCGCAGCAGCCUCGACUGUUACUGAAAGAUCCCAACACAGUUGCACCCCUCUCUGCAACUGUGAAUGGACGCCUCAGCGGUGUAUAUCAAAAUUACCUUCUUGUCAGACCGUACCCUUCACUUCGAAUUAUUUUUGCUAGUCCCGCCCAGCGUUUACCGGGUAUAUUGCAAUCACCCUUCCUGAACAAGAUCGGAGGCUCGAAUCGCGUUCUGGAAGAGCUUACAGUGGCGUUCGCUGAAGGUCGAGGCGUAACUGCGAAAGUCCGGUGGAUUAGCCGUGGCGACGAACAAGGGAAAAACAAAUGGAUUCACUGCACGCCACUUGUUGGUCUUCAGAAUCAGAUCGGGGUGUGGAUGGUGGUGAUUGUUGAUGACGAACAGAGCAGCACUGAAAGAUGGCCAACUGCCGCUGGGCGUCUACCACCAUCAGUAGCAACACCAGAGAGAGAUUCAAGGUUAUCUGCGAAUGGACAGAGAACAUUCGCUUCGUCGCAGAAUGGACAAGGCCAUCAUUAUGAGGCCAAUGGUGGCGGAAGUAUCGGAAGUGGUAGCUUCACGAGCUUGAGGAUUGGAUAACAUGCUUUUAAGGGUGAUGUGCAGCUUUUUCUCUGACGUAGAUAUUUUGACACAGGACAGUUUUUGGGAAAGACAUGUAUUCAAGGGAAAUAGUUACAGGCCAAUAUGGACGAAUACAGGUGCGAGCGACGAUUAAGAGAGCCAUUAAAAGCUAUCACGGAGUAUAAGUACGGCGGGGGGAGGGACGCGCAGGUUAUCGAGGUUUGGACAGUACCACAAGACAAA